AUGACUUCCAGGGUGGCAAAAAUAGUAGAAUUGGCAUUAAUGCAAAGGAAAACUGAUUCUAGUAUAAUUGAUCAACAAAAGGAAAGUUCCACAAGUACGCCUGAGGUUAUUCUAUCCACGGAAAGUAUAUCAAUUUUUUAUUUGUUAGUUUUUAAAAUCUUAGAUAAACCCACAUUUGUUAUUACAAAUACUGAUACACCUAAUCCCUUGGAACUUGCAAAUGAAGGCUUUGACAACGAAAUUAGUAACAUAGUGAACAAUGAGACCACUGCACCAAUUGAAGUUUGUACCAUACUUCCAGAACAUAACGAUUCUGAGUCAAGUAUAUUACAAGAACAGCUAUUGCCAUCACUGCUAGAAUCAAAUGACGAAGAGGAUACCGGUGAACCGUUGCCAUCAGAAUUUACACAUCAAAUUGUUGGAAUAAAACCUACCAUUGGAAUAAACAAUACGUCCCCUGCACUAGUUAAAGCAACGAUCAGUCUUUAUUCAGAUGAUAAAUGUAUUACACCAUAUCCGACACCAUGUCCAUCCCCAGAGCCAUGUGGUCAGUUUUGUGAUGGCUCAUUCUGUCUGUGUCAAGAAAUCGAUAUCAUAGAUAGUGUAUCGUAUCGUGUUACUGUAUCUUCCGAAGAAUUGUCAACGCCAUCAUCAGUUUUAAGCGUAAAUUCGCCAUCCUUAAGUUUAGCCACAUCGUCUAGCAUAAGUAGUCGUAAGCUGACUAGGGGAAGUACUCGAAAUGCUCACACCAGAAAAGUAGCAUUAGAAGAUUGUUAUGAUGGAUUUAGACCUAUUUCUUUGGACAAAUUUAAGGACCUAAACCAGUUAUGUGCCACUGGAAUUAUUCCACAGCGAUACCACAAUUUUUACAAAAAUCUUAACAAAAACAAAAAAACACCGGAAUAA